AUGUCUUUCGACGCUGUUUCCGAUCUGCUGCAAGAUAUUUCAGUCAGUCCCACUAGGAAUGGUAUUGCUCCUGUAAAGGCAGAAUUCUUGAUCACGAAGGAAAACCGCUCUGGUGAUGUUAGUGAUAUGAAGUCGACCAAUAGUGAUAUCGAACAUGAGGAAGAAGCUUCACUGUCGAGUAUGCCGAUAACCAAAACAAAGGAUGACAGAAGAUCACGGAAAGGAAUGAAUAAACAUAGAAUGAAGGAGAUGAAACAGGCUGAGACUAUAAUCCGUGCUUCGAACGCACGGCUGUGCCCUUCGGUCAUUCAACCCGUCAAAUGCAAAUUUGGAGGUGCUCACAUAGAUUCCACCGGAAAUCAAAUCUCCAAGGUCUGUAACAUUGGCGAAGGGGAGGAGCCUUCUGUACCCUAUGAGGAAACAAUGAAUGGCUCAUCAAUACAUAUUCAAAUAGCGUUACGAAAACGAACUUUCGACUUCACACGGUCGGACAAGGUCGUUAGUGCUAUUAAAGAGGGUCUGGUUGGCUCAAUGGAGAGGGAGAAGCCUAUGCUUGAUAUGAAGAGUUUGAGUGGGAAAAAGUAUCUGGCUCCACUCACUACUGUGGGAAAUUUGCCGUUUCGACGUCUUUGCAUUGGUCUCGGCGCAGAUAUCACAUGUGGUGAAAUGGCAAUGGCUACUAGCCUUCUUUCGGGUACGCCGUCAGAAUACUCACUCGUUAAGCGGCAUCCUAGCGAAAAAAUUUUUGGAGUGCAAUUGGCUGGUGGGUUCGCGGACUCUAUGGCGAGGGCUGCUCAAAUUCUAGUUGACGAAAUGAAGAUUGACUUUAUUGAUGUGAACAUGGGUUGCCCUAUUGAUGUCGUCAAUCAGAAAGGUGGCGGGUGUGCUCUACCUAACAGGCCAAACAGAAUGAUUGAAGUUCUUUCCGCAAUGCGUUGUGUAAUGGGUUCUGUGCCUCUAACGGUCAAACUUCGCAGUGGAGUCCGGGAAGGUAGCCUCAGUGCUGACGAAAGUAUUAAGCUUAUGGUUGCAUCAUCUUUCGCCAAACCUGACUUGAUCGCUUUCCAUCCUAGAAGCAAGUAUGUUGAAUGGAGUCGAUUGUUAGCGAAUUGGGAGUUCGUCAGCCCUUGCCUUAAUGCGUGUGCUGACGUGCCAUUGUGGGUUUGUGGCGACGUGUUAAGUUGGCAAGAAUAUUAUACGCGUCUGGAAGACUAUCCGAUUUCGGGAAUUAUGUUAGGGCGUGGAGCCCUAAUAAAGCCGUGGAUUUUCACUGAAAUAGAUGAGAGGAGAACGUGGGAUAUUUCAGCGUCUGAACGGCUAGAUCUCAUGAAGCAGUUUGUUAAUUAUGGCUUAGAUCAUUGGGGAAGUGAUGAUGCAGGAGUGGAACGCACUAGACGUUUCCUCUUAGAAUGGCUGUCAUUCCAGUGCAGUUGCAUUGUACCUCUUCUUAUUUCGGGUGUAAGUAUUGGAGUUAUGAAGCGGGAGCCGUCGUCGGCCAUGGAUUGGACAUCCAUGAAUGGUGCCGACGCCAAACCUCCCGUACUUGAUCGUGUAGCUCCCUACAGCAUCCAAGCACGCAUAAACGGAAAUGAGGCGGUGGGUGAACGCCCAAAUCAAGCACAACAAGAAGGUGGCCUUGUAAAUGGUGAGGUUGAUGACGACCUUCAGGCCGCCCCAGGUAUUGAAGUUCGUGGAGAAAUUCGUGUAUUAGCACAAACAGUAGUCAUUUCUGAUAUUUCAUUCAUCAAUGAGUCUUUUCGUGUUCACACAGAAAUCACUGCUCUCCCUCUUGCAUCGGAUUUGAGGAGUAUUCAUCUGCAUCUUGGCUCGUGCGCUUUACUUCCUCGUGAAUUGGGAGGUCAUGGAAGCAUAACUAUCAAUGGUGCAGACUGUGAAUAUUCGCGGUUGACGCAGCCAACGCUUGCUGCGCAGAGUUCCAACUUCUCAAUCAUGGAAGCUCUUCCACGCUAUUAUAACACACUCAAUGAAAGAGACGCUUUUCUGGAAAUCUCAAUACCUGACGCUCUCCGUCUCACUAUCCAACUUUUGAAGUGUAUUACAAUUGCCGUCGAUGUCGUUGUAGAAAAACCUACGCAGGGCAUAAAGUUCGUCUAUAAUAUUGCGCCUGAUGGAACUAUCGAUAAAGGAGCCCACGUCUUCACUUAUCGGAGCUCUCUGUUAACAAGCACUCGUGAAUGGCUCCCAUGUGUUGAUGCGCCUGAUCAACUUGCUCUUUGGCGCCUGCACAUCACAUGCGACAGUUGGCUUACUGCAGUAGCUAGUGGAGACCUAGUGGGCUUUGACAAUCUUGCCGAUAAACGAUUGAGAACGUGGAAUUAUCAGCAGCUAAUCCCUACCGCAGCAUGCAGCAUUGGUUUUGCCGUUGGACAAUUUUCAACCUACACUCUUUCGGACAUGGCUGAGGUGACCAACUUCGCUCCAGUGGGUUUGUUGUCUCUGCUGAAGCAUACUGUUGCGCCGCUGGAUAAAAUACUGGAAUAUUUUGAGGAAUUGCUCUCCUGUCGAUUCCCUUAUCCCACCUACAAGCAAGUAUUUGUAGAUAUGGUAUUGCACAAAAUUCUUUCUGUUGGACAACAAAUGGCCGAACGACGCGACAGACCAGCCACCUGGACUCAUCUUGUAAUCUCCACUGAGACUUUCUUCAGGACUGUCACAAAUGUUACUGGACAGGAGAUCCCAACUUUUAUGGAGCAGUGGAUUUAUAAUGGAGGACAUGCUUCCUUCCGAGUGCAAUAUGUAUUCAACCGGAAGCGUAAUAUGAUCGAACUAGAAGUGAAGCAAAAAGUCGAGCCUGGAAAUGGUCGAUUGAGAUACGUCGGUCCGCUAACUGUGUUGGUGCAAGAGUUGGACGGUUCGUUUUCACACACUGUUCAAAUAGACGGAGAUGUUUCAAGAGCUGAUCUUCAGUGCCACUCUAAAGGUCGUCGGCAGAAAAAGAAACGUGUGCCACUAUACUCUGGUGAUGACGUUGAGGUGGAUUUAAGUAAUAUGGAUCCGGAUUCUCCUGUUUUAUGGAUACGACUUGAUCCAGAGCUUCAUCUCAUUCGCAACCUUAUGAUUAACCAACCGGACUAUCAGUGGGAGUAUAUGCUACGGUACGAACGUGAUGUGCUUGCUCAGCUUCAGGCUCUAGAACGGCUACAACUUUGUCCGAAUCCGCAAAGUCGUGAUGUUUUGUUGGAAACAAUUUCCAAUGAGAAUUUCUUCUACCGUGUGAGAUGUCAUGCCGCGUAUGCUCUCACUGAAGUGUUGAACAAGAUGCCUGAGACGUGGUCAGGAGUGCCAGCUCUUUUGAGCUUAUAUAGAAAAACUUAUGGCGCUAAAUCUUGCCCAACCAUCCCGAGGUCUAACAAUUUUGUUGUUACCUCUCAAAAUCUUCAGCAGUAUUUUCUCCAGCAGGCUCUUCCGCAAGCGCUGGCUCGAAUGCGCACGAACGGGAUGGCAUUACAAGAAGUGCAAUGUUUCAUUGUUGACUAUAUUCGUUACAAUGACAAUUCGAUAAACAGAUAUUCUGAUGAUCAUUACCGUGCAUCGCUUCUAAACGCGUUAGCUGCCUGCGUAGCCCCUGUGAAUACUUUAGGUGGCGGUAAUUAUAUACCAGAUGCUCUGAGUUGGGAAAUGAAUGAAGUGGUAGAGGAAACAACCCACGCACUAAACUUGGACACGAUAAAGCCUUCUUUUCGUCAUGUUGUGGGCGUGGCAGCGUUAAACGUGAUCCAUCAUCUUCAAAGGAAUGGUCACAUACCAUCUGACUCAAAAAUAUUCUGGAUUUUUGCUGCACCGAAACUCUGCGUCAGCAUGCGGAAAGUCGCCCUGCAUAUUAUUGUGCAGAGACUGUCCCUCUCCCGAAAGAAACAGUCGACAAACGAUCUGAUGCGAUUGCUGAACAUGCUGGCCCAAGACUCUGAUCCAGCGAUCCGACUUCACAUCGCCACGGAACUUGCGCUCUUGCCACCAUUCAGCACUUAUGAAUGUACUGAUACCGGUCCGACAAAUCCGUGUAAUACGGCUCAAAUUGCUGAAGAGUUAUGGAUGCUCAUGAGCAGAACUUCUCUGGAGCCACGGGUGAGGCUUUUGCUGAUGGAUCUUUUCUUUUCCCUUACUGAUACCGGUCCGACAAAUCCGUGUAAUACGGCUCAAAUUGCUGAAGAGUUAUGGAUGCUCAUGAGCAGAACUUCUCUGGAGCCACGGGUGAGGCUUUUGCUGAUGGAUCUUUUCUUUUCCCUGUAUGGUAUGAGCGCACCUUUCGUAAAAGGAGGGCCCGCAAUGAUUUCUGGGCAUCAACGAGCAAAACGCCGUCAGUGUGAUGGAAGAGCAGGUGUGAGUUGGGGACGAAUGUCAUCUACAGACGCGUCGACGUCUAGCCGAGAAGAAGAUGUCGUGGCGGAGCAUCCUGCGAUGUUUGAGCCAUCCGAUUUAGAGGAGCGGUUGCGAAGAGGUCUUCAUCUGUCGGAACAUCCAGGAUCUGCUGUCCUAGUAUCGGAACGAGUUCUUCCUCCUGAUCCACGAAUCCUGGAUGAUCUCGAAGUCCAUGCCAAAGAAGUCUCUGCAAACUUAGAUAUGGUUUUGCGUGAUCUCAGAGGAUCUCUUCACGGAAUGGGAGAUUUAACACUGGAGUCCAUACAGUGUUACAACGCCGCAAUAGCGAAUGCUUGUGAUAUUGCCGACGUCAACGUGAAGUCUACGUAUGCAAUGUUAGCUAAGGUCGAGGAGGUGAAUCACUCAAUGCAGAAAAUGUCUGCGUUAUCGAAACAAAUCAAGGAGAUGAGACGACUGGUGGAGAUGUUCGAGACGUUGUUUCAAGGAUCGCUUAAGUGA